CACGAGAUUGCGGAAAGCAGUGACUGCGCUUGCGCAUUGGCGUCUAAAUAAUGUUGCCGCGAGUGGCGAAACCGCUUCUACGGCUGGGUAACCGACACUCCGCAGUGUUAACGUACGGUAUGAGUCUUUACCACUGACGUGUCAGGUGCUACGGGAAGAACGGUGACGUUCAACGUUUCAGAAGACGAUUUAAAACAUGAAUUAAUCGCUCUAGUGUAAAUGACGUGGUGGAGGUCGAAGCUUUGCUAACAACAGGGACCGAGGACUGUACUACUGGAUUCAGCGAUUGUUUUAUCCUCGUUAUCUGUACUGCAAUUAAUUUGCAAUUCUGUACAAAUGAACAGUUUGUUUUUUAAUGGCGCCUUAAAUGGAGCCAUAUAGUGCUGUAUGAAAAUCGACCAAGUCGCUCGUAUUUCAAAUUUCCAGCAGACGCAGCACAAGCAGAACUUCACAACGUCGAACUCACAUCUCCCUAAAAACUCCUAUUUAAAACUAACCCACACGCUUUAAACACAUUUCAACUUAUUAAAACACACCUUUAAAACACAUUGUUAACAUAUUAGAACACUAUAAAAAAUUGCAAGCAUAAAAUGUAUAGAAAAUAAUGCACAAACUGUAGUGCCUUGUGUUGGAUCUGUGUCUAUGAGGCUGGGCUUGGUCAGGUGGCGUGUGACGUCAGCAUGCGAGUGUGAAAUGUACACCUGAGACUGUGGCUCUCCUUUCCCACAUGCGAGAGCAUUACACAUGUGUCAAUUGCAGGAGCAAGUUCACAGAUAGUCGUGACCAUGAAGAACUCUAUCCCGGUCACAUCCCCACCUCUCCGAUUCAGAAGGCCUUGCUGGCGGUGGGCUCGGGGGUCGCUGCACUGCAGGACCCCUACAGGCAUGACAUGGUUGCAGUACUCGGAGAGACGACGGGCCACCUGGCUUUGGUAAACCUCAGAGACCGCAUGAGAAACGACCCUGAGGGAUAUGUGAUUCUCACGGAGAGGCCAAGGAUCCGCCUGUCCACGCUCGAUUUGCAAAAGAUGGCCUCUUUACCCGAGGGAUCCUUUGGUCGGGAAUACCUCACGUUCCUUGAAGACAAUCAUGUGACGCCCGACUCAAGGGUCGACGUGAAGUUCGUGGACAACACGGAGCUGGCCUACGUCAUGCAGAGAUACCGAGAGGUCCACGACCUGCUGCACACCUUGUUGGGAAUGCCCACAAACAUGCUCGGUGAAGUGACCGUGAAAUGGUUCGAAGCUGCUCAGACCGGCCUCCCCAUGUGUGCCCUUGGAGCUCUGUUGGGGCCUCUUCGGCUCAACGCCAGUCGUCUACAGUCGCUGGUCACAUCUUUGGGCCCGUGGGCGGUGCGGAAUGGUCGGCAGGCCCGUUGCGUCUUCAGCGUGUUUUACGAGAGGCGAUGGGAGCAGAGCCUGGAGGACCUGAGAGGGGAACUCAACAUCCAACCGCCCCCAUAGAUGCCAGCAUAGCAUUCACAAACUUUCACUUAUAAACACUUGAUGGACUCAUGUGUUGAGAUUUUUUUGGUGGGUGUGCUUGAGAGUUUAAUGUAUAUUUUUAUAUCAAAUGAACAAAUGUAAAGCCCCUUUUCACUGUUUUAUGACGAGUAAAUGAUUGUCUAAGCC